GGGCCUCGGGGGGGGAUGCGCGAGCCGCCAUUUUCCUGUCACGUGGCGACCCGCCGGCACUACAGUUCCCGGCAUGCACAGCGCUCACGGCAGGAUCGGCCGCUUCCGCCGUGCUUUCGCGUCGUCACCCGAAAUUUGAAAGGAGGUCCCAUGGUGCCCCGCGGGCGUCCGCUGAUUGGUCGGGCGGCAGUGCCGCGCGGUUCGAAGGUGGCGGCGGCGGCGGCAGGCGCUCGCAGGCGUUGGGCUGGUUCCGAGUCUCGGCUUCAGCUUGAGCCGCGCCCGUGCAGCGCGGCCGGUGCCUCUACCGUCGUCCUCGGCUCCCUCGCGUCCGAGUGCGCCAUGGCCUCCCUCAGCUUCCAGAGCGGCGGCGGCUCGAAGAAGGAGAAGGAGGAGAAGGGCAAGAACAUCCAGGUGGUGGUGCGCUGCAGGCCUUUUAAUGCCUCGGAACGUAAAGCAAACUCCUAUGCUGUUGUAGACUGUGAUCAAGCACGGAAAGAAGUCAGCAUCCGCACUGGAGGAGUCACAGACAAGAUGUUAAAAAAGACUUACACAUUUGAUAUGGUUUUUGGAGCUCAGGCAAAGCAGAUUGACGUAUACCGGAGUGUUGUGUGUCCUAUUUUGGAUGAAGUUAUUAUGGGCUAUAACUGUACAGUGUUUGCCUAUGGCCAAACUGGUACUGGUAAGACUUUCACAAUGGAGGGGGAACGGUCCCCCAACGAGGAGUACACUUGGGAAGAGGAUCCAUUAGCAGGUAUAAUACCUCGUACAUUGCAUCAAAUAUUUGAAAAACUCACAGAGAAUGGCACUGAAUUUUCAGUGAAAGUCUCGCUUUUGGAAAUAUAUAAUGAGGAGCUUUUUGAUCUUCUGAAUCCCGCUCCUGAUGUUGGAGAAAGACUGCAGAUGUUUGAUGACCCCCGAAAUAAGAGAGGUGUAAUUAUUAAAGGCUUAGAGGAGGUAACUGUACACAACAAAAAUGAAGUCUAUCAGAUCCUGGAAAGGGGUGCAGCAAAGAGAACAACUGCAGCUACUUACAUGAAUGCAUAUUCCAGCCGUUCCCACUCUGUAUUUUCAAUUACCAUCCAUAUGAAAGAAACCACAGUAGAUGGAGAAGAACUUGUUAAAAUUGGGAAGCUAAACUUGGUUGAUCUUGCAGGAAGUGAGAACAUUGGUCGAUCUGGGGCAGUUGACAAAAGAGCUCGUGAAGCUGGAAAUAUCAAUCAGUCUCUCCUGACUCUGGGAAGAGUUAUUUCUGCUCUAGUAGAAAGAGCCCCACAUGUUCCAUACAGGGAAUCUAAACUCACAAGAAUCCUUCAAGAUUCUCUUGGAGGACGAACAAAAACAUCAAUAAUUGCCACAGUUUCUCCUGCAUCUAUAAAUCUUGAGGAAACACUGAGUACACUAGAAUAUGCCCACAGGGCAAAAAACAUAUUGAACAAGCCUGAAGUUAACCAGAAGCUGACCAAAAAAGCUCUUAUUAAGGAAUAUACUGAAGAGAUUGAGCGUCUGAAACGAGACCUUGCUGCUACACGUGAGAAAAAUGGCGUCUAUAUUUCCCUUGAAAAUUUUGAAGCUCUUAAUGGAAAGCUGACGGUUCAGGAAGAACAAAUUGCAGAGUAUAUUGACAAAAUCACUGUCAUGGAGGAAGAGAUGAAAAGAGUGACUGAACUGUUCACAGUUAAUAAAAACGAACUUGAGCAGUGUAAAACAGAUCUAGAAAUCAAGGAGAAGGAACUGGAAGAAACACAGAAAGAUCUGCAAGAAACCAAAGUUCAUCUGGCUGAAGAAGAAUAUGUGGUUUCCGUUUUGGAAGAUGCUGAACAAAAACUUCAUGGCACAGCUAGCAAGUUGCUUAAUACAGUUGAAGAAACCACAAAAGAUGUAUCUGGUCUCCACGCAAAACUGGACCGUAAGAAGGCUGUUGAUCAGCACAAUGCUGUUGUCCAAAAUACGUUUGCACAACAAAUGACUGAUUUGUUCAACAAAAUACGAGAUUCAGUUAAUGAGAACAGUGUGAAGCAGCAACAGAUGUUGAUGUCUUACACGCAUUUUAUUGGCGACAUCUUGUCUACCAGUUCUUCGGCAGCUAAUAUUCUUACAUCAGUUGUAUCAGCAUCCUUUGCCUCUCUUAAGGAAUUGGUGUCUACAGAAGUUUCUUGCAUGUCUGAAAAAGUAUUACAACAUGAGAAUCUGUCACUUGAUCAUAAAGCUGAGCUACUGAGAUUAAUUGAGGAGCAUGCGUCAGGAUUAGGAAGUGCAUUAAAUAGCUUGACACCAAUGGUAGAAUUUGUCCUGGGCCUAAACUGUCAAUUUCAGACUAACAUGAAAAAAUAUUCAGCUGUGGCUGAUAAGCUGGAAAGUCAUAAAAAAGAAAUGGAUACCUUCUUUGAAGAUCUUUCUCUCACUCUGAAAAAAUUACAGGAAGAAACAGCUAAUGUUCUUGCUCAGCUUCAGAAUGAUUGUGAAAAUUUAAGACAAGAAGUGGAAAUGACGAGACUAGCACAUACAAAGAGUGCAGCUGAGUUAAUGUCCUCACUACAAAGACAGCUUGACCUGUUUGCUCAAGAGACUCAGAAGAACUUAGCUGAUGUACUGGCAAAAAAUGGAGGCUUGAAGACCACCAUCACUGCUGUGCAAGAAAAUGUUCACCUGAAAACUACCAACCUAGUCAGCAGCACAGCUUCUAAUCACAGCAGAUUUCUUGCAUCUAUGGAUAAUUUUUCUAAGGAGCUCAGGAUUAUAAAUGGUGAAAAUAAGAGGAUGCUGGAAGAUUCCACAGACCACUGUCAGCAGCUUCUCAUCAAUCUCAGAAAUGUAUCUCAAGAUGCUGAUAAAUGUGCUGAACUUACAAUUGCUCAGAUAGCCAGCUUUACCGAUCAGCAGCUAUUGUCCCUCAGGGAUGAGAAACAACAGCUUAUGUGUUUUCAAAAGAAAAACGGAGAAAACUGUGAUAAAGCAAUAGCUGAAAUUGCCGACCAAAUUGGUACUCAAAAAUGUGCUGAGGAGAAGAUACUAAAUGGCCUUCUUGAUCGAAUGAAAGUUGAUCAGGGGGUACUUCUGGAACAGAAGCUGGCACUUAAUGAAGAAGCACAGCAUGGACUGGCUCAGGUUAAUGGUUUCCUGAAAGAAGAUCUUAAAGUGGAUAUUCCAACAGGGACAACUCCACAGAGAAGAGACUACUCUUAUCCAGUCACACUGGUGAAAACAGAACCCAGGGAACUUCUACUGGAACAAUUGAGGCAAAAGCAAUUAAUGCUUGAUGCUAUGCUGAACAGUGUGAUACAGGAAGUGGAGGGAAAUGCAGAUGAGGACCUGCUGGAAGAGGAGGAAGGGAUGCAAGAAUCCACUGAAAGCCUUGGUGAUGACAAGUACUUAGUGGAUAUAAACAUAAGCUGUCACGCAAAUGGAGGCAUUCCCUUUUUCCAGCACAAAAGGAGUCACAAAAAAGAUAAAGAGAACAAAGCUGCAGCAAUGUUGGAGAAAAACAAAACUGAAGAUAUGACAGAACAGCUACUUCCUAAAUCUAAGCUACCCUUAAGAUCACUGAACUAAAAUAUACAUAUAUACUGCAGGUUCUUAUAAAAUACUUUUGGUUAUCUACUGAGCCAUAAGUUCUCCUGGUUAUUCUGUCUCUGUAUAUAGUGAUAUAUUGAUGCGAUAUUGGAUCAAAACUUGACACAAUAUGUCCUGCCUUUGUUCUGUUUUUAUAUACGAUGGCUUGCAAAUAUUAACAGUUUUAUUUAAAAAAAAAAAGCAAAAACAAAAACAAAAAAAAAAAAAAAAAAAAAACAAUCUGAAGGUUAUGGUGCUGUAUGUUAAGUGACAUUUUUUAUCUUGUCAAGUAAUUAGAUUGCUUUCUGCUUCUUAGUAGAUUUGUAGUAGCAGGAAGGGAUAUGGAAUAAUGCUGUUUUCUUAAUUGUAAAUAUGUGAUCUGUUUCUGUACCUGCCUUACUCUGAUUCCUGUUACUAUGAAGUAGAUAGUUGUCUUCGGGAUACUUUCAAAUAAAUCAGUUGAUGCACAGAGUA